CACAGGUGAGUGUUGUGACGUCAUACAGGAAGUGCACAGGGACCUCCGUGUGCUCGAAGUUGUUACAACCUCUUUGUUGUGCUCGAAAAUUGCUCCUUGUUAAAUUUUAUUCAAAGACAUACAUCCACACAGCCAGAAAGAUGUGCAAUUUCGAUAAAGAAAAAGGGCCUGGGAGACUCAUGAAGAAGGGGCUGGUUCUUAUCCUGGUUGGUCAUAUUAAUUUUAUCCUUGGAGCCAUUGUCCACGGCAGUGUCCUACGCCACAUUUCCAAACCCAGCCAGCAUAUCAGCACCGAAUACACGGUCACCAACAUCAUUUCUGUCACCUCUGGCCUUUUGAGUAUCGCUUCAGGGAUUAUAGCGAUUGUUGUAUCAAGGAACCUGCGCAACGUGAAACUGCAAAUUGGCCUUUUGAUCUCAUCCUUCCUGAAUGCCUUGCUCUCAGCAGCGUGCUGCACUGGGGUCAUCUUAGCUAUUAGCAUCACUGUUACCCACCAGGGAAAAGGUUUGAUGUUGGGAUGCAACGAGACAGUAGUUCCCAUCAACGCUCGCUCUCCUGUCGGUGCCCAGUGUCCAUUUGACUCGACCCGAAUCUAUGAUACCACCCUGGCUCUGUGGAUCCCCUGUGCCGUGCUGUCGGCUGCAGAGGUGGGACUGUCGGUGUGGUGCUUCAUCGUUGCUCUGACUCUCAGAGGACUGCUUCCCUGUGGGAACAGAUACAUCAAAGAGCAGCUGGAGGAAGACGCCGAAUCUUUUCCCCACAGCCGGCGUUUGAUUGGACAAAAAGGAAAUCCUGAAGCGUAAAACGGCCAGAUACUACAAAAUGAAAGGAAGCCCUAAUAGUUUCAGUAAUAGUCAUUUUUUAAAAGUGAUUCACUCCGUCUGGUGCCAUACUUACAUGCUUAUGAAGACUUAAUCUAGUUUCUGUAAUAUUAUGGUAGAUGUUAUGUGCUUGUAUGAGGUUUCAGUGUUGUGAUAUUUUUUCAACGCCACAAUGAGAUGUCAAGCAUCAUUUCAGUCCCGUCCACAAGCCCUUUUCUCUGAUUGGGUUUGGUAUUACUAAAUAUCAUUUCAUGUUUAGUAUGAUAGCAUUUUGUUUUUGAUAGAAAAAUGUUUUUUAGCAAUCUUUUUUAAAUCAAAAUCAGUAAUAUUUUCUAUUUUUUUUUUCUAAUUUUCUAAUUUUUGUUGUAUUUGAACUCCAUUUAACAGUUGUCUUUAAACAACUUUAUGGAAAUUUUACAAUUGAUUUCUUUUAAAUGUAUAUUAACCUCAAAUCUGCUGCUGUACAGUUUAUUGUAUGCUUGAAAUUGUAUUAUUUUGAAGAAAAACAGAAAUUGAACAUGUCAGGCAACACGUUCUAAAAAUGGAGAUGGUUAAUGAAGGAUUUUUAUGAUUUAAAAACUGAAAACGUUUGAGAGCAUUUUGCUUUAGCCAUUGUGCUUUUUUCGUUGGCUGACUACAGGUUAGAGGUCCUGAGCACUGAAAUGUGGAGAAAUGCAGCUUUUCAAACAUUUUUCUGCGUUUUGCUUUUUUCUUCGUCGAUACUUACCUUUUUUGGGGAAUAAAUGUACUCCAAAGUUACUAAAAAUGUGUCUCUUGUUGGGUGAUUAAACUGCUGCUUAUUCCAUGUA